CAACAACAAAACAAUAGUAGGUAGCCGAAUUUGUUUCUUGUUUGUUUUCCCACCCUUUUAUCGAUUAUCGCAAUGGCGGAUAGGGGCGACAGACGCCAUUCGUACGGAGAAACGAAAGUUUCAAAUUUGGAGGAUCCACCGAAUUCGAGAUUAUUCAUAAUAUGCAGCAAACAGUUGGGUGAGGAAGACUUUCGAAAUGCAUUUUCAAAAUAUGGCGAAAUUGAGGAGAUAUGGGUCGUCAAAGACCGCCAAACUGGCGAACGCAAAGGUGUGACGUACAUCAAAUUUGUGAAAACCUCGGCAGCGGCACAGGCACUUGAAGCUAUGAACGGCAAGAUUAUUGGUGAUACAUCGCGUCCGAUAAAAGUUAUGAUUGCUGCCAGUCGUGAGCAAGGUGCCAAACGUGAUGGAAAUGAAGAAGAGAAAAUUCAACGAUUAUUUGUGAUCGUUCCCAAGUCGAUGACGGACGAUGAUCUCUAUAAUACAUUUAAAAUUUAUGGUGAUAUCGAUUACGCCAUGAUUAUUAAAGACAAAGAGACCCGUGAAAGUAAGGGAUUCGCUUACAUUAAGUACUUUAAAUUUUCGCAUGCGGCCAAUGCAUUCGAGCAAUGCGAUCGCAAAUUUAAAGCUGUUUUUGCCGAACCAAGGAAGUCAAAGCCAGACGUUAACGACCGUCUGCCUAGUUCCUUUGAAUCUCCUUCUAAAAGUAAUAAUUCAUUUAAUGUUCCUGAUCUCGGUCAUGACGGAAUUACAAGACUGCAAGUGAUUGGUUGUCCUUCGUUGAAUCAAGAUCAAAUGUGGAAAUUGUUUGAUAUUAUACCAGGUAUGGAUUAUUGCCAACUAAGACUGGAUGGACAACCGAGGCCUGUACGUUCAAUAACCACAGUUGUAUAUGGAAGUCCUCAAGCAGCCGCCUACGCGUGCGAUAAAUUACACGGAUUCGAGUACCCGCCAGGAAGUCGAUUAAUCGUCAAGCCCGACUAUGACAGCUCUAAAGUGUUUAAUAAUGACAAUUCGCGUUCGCCCAUACCGCGUAACCCAACACCUUCGGAGAGCACGAAGUCUGAUUUGCGUCAGCUUGCCGAAACAAUCGCGAGGGCCACUAGUCUAAUUCAAGCAGCCGGAUUUUCCAAGGAUACGUUGAGUUCAUGUAUUGGCGAUGAUGACUUGUUUUCUUCUAGUGUAAAAUUACCGGAUAAAAAACCCUUGUCCACUGCUGAUACCAAAACUGUUGCAAGAUGUUUCAUCGUGUGUUCUCAGCCGCCGCCUUCGCCAACUCUAUUGAAAGAUAUAUUUUGCCGUUUCGGAAAUCUUAUUGAAGUGUAUCUCCUAUACAAUCGGAAUUGUGGGUAUGCAAACUACGCAUCCAAGGAGUCUGCCGAAACUGCCAUUACGACGUUGCAUGGCGCAGAAAUAUGCGGUACAAGGUUUAAGGUGAUGGAAGCGGAGGAGCGUGACAACAGCAAGCGCAAACGUUUACGUUUGGACGAUGAGUCCAACUGAACGAUGUAGGUGACUGACUUCAGCCACAGACCAUGAACAAUGUUCCCGUGAUGACUAUGUUCUCUAGUGUGAUUUAUACCAGGUAACCAAAUAAGUUUGUACAUUUUUUGUAUACAGCAGAAUGCCUUGAAUAUUUUUAAGUUAUAAAUCAGGAGCAUUAUACAGUUGUUUAAUUUCUAAUGUGAAUAAAUUAAGGACGAGGCUGAUGACAAUUAACAAGGGGGAUCUGUAACAGAUUUUGGAGUUUGCACCUUUACUGCUUAGGAAAGUUACACCCAGCUUGUCUUACCAUUUGUUGGCAUGCAACAAUAAUGAGAACAUCUUUAUUGGUUGUUAUAUUGUACUAAAAUUCUAAACAUUUGUAUUAUUGGUUCUUACUGAUUAGGAUUUAUUGAGUAUUAGGUGGUUGGUGGACAACAGGAGUGGUUUAUGGAAAGGUGUCAAACCAUCACUGACCGUUUCAUAAAAUACAGGUCAGCAAUAAUCCUGACCUAUACUGCAAGAUGCAAGAGAAUAACAAUUCAAAACUUAAGUUAAUGGCGGCAAAAGGUCAUUGGGUGUGAUUGCUUUAAAAAGUAAUGUUUAAUUUAAGAAAUCACACGAACUUAUUUGGUUACCUGAUAUUUAAACUACAAGAAACUUAACUUUUUUGUUUUUAUCUAUUUGAUUUUUCUCGUAGUUUGGACUUUACACAUGACAAGGACAGUACUACUCUUUUAAAAAUGAACACGUACAAGAUUAACAUAGCAACCGAUGAUCUACUGGUACAAUACCUAUCAAAAUUUCAAUUCCUUAAUUUCCACUUAAUGACAGUACUUUGUUUAACAUAUAUGUGUGUAAUAAACCGUCGAAUAAAUAUUGAAUAAUA